UACAAAUCUUCUGUAGAAUUAGCUAAUACACAAGUGGUUUAUUAUGGCCAUUGCACUGAAAUCAUUUUGCUUCUUACACUUGAAGAAACCUGAAACCGAUUUUCCGGUCGGUUUUUCUUCCAAGAAAGCUACUAUAAUCUCAGUUAAAAGAUACACUUCGAUGUCUGCUAGUGCUAUCAGAACCAGUGGAGCAGUUAGCAUCUCUGAAACAUUCAAAAAGCUGAAGAAACAAGGAAAAGUGGCAUUAAUUCCAUAUAUCACAGCUGGUGAUCCUGAUCUUUCAACCACAGCAGAAGCAUUGAAAGUUCUUGAUUCAUGUGGAUCUGACAUUAUUGAGCUCGGUGUUCCUUACUCCGAUCCUUUGGCAGAUGGUCCUGUUAUUCAGGCUGCUUCAACAAGAUCUUUAGCAAGGGGGACCAAUUUUGAUUCAAUUAUUUCAAUGCUGAAGGGGGUAGUUCCAGAAUUAUGUACUCCAAUUGCAUUGUUUACUUAUUACAAUCCAAUACUGAAGCGUGGUACCGAGAAAUUUAUGUCCAUUGUAAGAGACACCGGUGUUCAUGGACUUGUAGUCCCUGAUGUUCCUCUGGAAGAGACAGAAAUUUUAAGGACAGAAGCUAAGAAGAAGGGAAUUGAACUGGUACUACUCACAACACCUACCACACCGGAAUACCGAAUGAAAGCCAUUGUUGAUGGCGCGGAAGGAUUCGUGUAUCUUGUGAGCUCUUUGGGGGUCACCGGAACACGAGCAUCAAUUAGUGGUAGAGUUCAAGCUCUUCUGCAGGAAAUCAAAGAGUCAACAACUAAGCCAGUGGCAGUAGGAUUUGGGAUAUCAACAGCUGAGCAAGUAAAGCAGGUUGCGGGAUGGGGAGCUGAUGGUGUGAUUGUUGGAAGUGCUAUGGUGAAGUUGCUUGGUGAAGCCAAAACUCCUGAAGAGGGAUUGAAAGAACUGGAAAAUUUCACUCUCUCCUUAAGAUCAGCACUUGAUUGAAAUUAUGUCUGGAAGAGCACAAACUUCUACUAGUUGUUAUCUUAAUGAAUAAGGAUUGAAUAAAGAUUGUGUUCAAUUAUGACAUGAUAUUUUUUAUAUUCAAAUAAAAUAUUAGAUUUGUCUG